GGAAGUCUAACAUGGAAGAACCUCGAGCUCGCGAACCGAGCUCUGCAUCACGACGGUCUCGUGGUCCUCGAGAAUGCCAUCUCGCAUGAGAAACUCGAUCUCUUGAAUCAGAAGAUGGUCGACGAUGCGGAGGUGUUGCAGGCGAAAGGGGAUGAGAGUCCGUAUAAUUAUAACAAAGGCAACAUCCAGCAAGAUCCACCUCUGACCAAGAAAUUCUUCGAUCGGGAGAUCUUCUUCAACCCCCUUGCGACUCAGGUCACGUCGUCAAUUGUUGGUCCGCGGCCACGAUUGAGUUUUAUUUCAGGGAAUAGCGCACUCCCUCCCUCCCCCGGCAUUGAGCCAAAAGCACAACACACACAUUCCGACGCUGAUUUCCAGCACCCUUCCUCUCCCUUCGCAAUGGUGAUCAACAUCCCACUCAUCGAUAUAACACCCGAGAACGGGAGUACCGAGCUCUGGCUCGGAACCCACCAAUUCGGGAAAGAAGCACAGGAAGGAGAACACGGUGAGCGUGCGAGCGGUAGGAUAAAGGAGGCGUGGAUGGAGGAGAGGAGGAAGGUGCGCGGUCCAGCGCAGCCAGUUGUGAGAAAGGGGAGUUUGGUUGUGAGGGAUUUGAGGCUUUGGCAUAGUGGGCAGCCGAAUUGGGGCGAGAUGGGUGAGGUGAGGGUUAUGCUUGCGAUGAUACAUUUUGCGGGUUGGUAUAGGAAUUCGAUGGAGGUUAAUUUCUCGGAGGAGUUGAGGGGGGAUGUUGAGAGGUGGGGGAGGGACUUAGUGGUUCAGGGGAGGUAUGUGCCAGAGAAAGAUGUUGAGGAGUCGUAUUUGGAGGGGAAAUUUGGGAAUGCGUAUGAUUUUGAUCAGCAAGAUCGGCUUGACAUUGAGUUCUGA